AUGCAUUCAUUUUUUGCGCGUAUCAGUGCACUGUCUGCUCUUCUAGGAACAACAAUGUCUGUAUUGAUGUUAGCAACGUUUUUAUCUACUGCUUUUAUCAACAAAACCAUUCCAGUUGACAUAGGCGUCGGUAACGUAAAUGUGCAGGUUGCUAACGUGGAAACUUUGUUUAAUUGGAAUGUAAAGCAGAUAUUUAUUUUUCUGGCUGCUGAAUACAAAACUUUAACCAAUGAACAUAAUCAGGUUGUCUUAUGGGAUAAGAUUAUUCGGCGAGGAGAAGACUAUAAUAUUAAUUACAAGAGCAUGAACGGAAAGUACCCAUUCUGGGACGACGGCUUUGGGCUCCGAAAUAAUGAUAAUGUCACCUUGAAGUUCUAUUGGAAUAUAAUCCCUAAUGCAGGUAUUAUGCCUCUUAGAUCAAGCGGAAGUCAAAUUGUAUUCGGAUUUCCUCCUACCUACUUUGACCGAAAACACUAA